AGACGCACGAUCAAAGUCAGCCAACCCCACCCAUUUUUCGCCAUAAUGGAGGACUCGACUAUGCUGGAAGGAUCGCAGGGUCUCUUCGAAGAACUCACCUUUACGCUUAUUCCCAAUGGCCUGUCUGAUGAUCGCUUGCGACAGCUGCGCGAGGAUAUUGUCGCUGCGAGUGGAACCAUAAUACCAUUUGACGCAUCUGUCGGACGCAUCGAUCGCCUGCAAGAGAUCAACUACAUCGUCUCCGAAACGUCAGACUUCCCCGAUUACUACCGCACCUUGGAUCUUAUGCUACACGUUGUGAAGCCAUCAUGGGUGGACGCGUCUCUGAAGGCCCAAAAGACCAAGAACCCACGAACGUACAGUCCAGAUCCGGCGUUGUUCAUGAAUGACGUUGUCAUAUGUUGUGGGGAUAUACCCACUGGUGAUAAAGAAGCAAUCGAGGGUGGGGUGCUAGCCAUGGGAGGGCAAAUGACCCCUGCCCUGUCAAAGACGACUACACAUCUCAUCGCGCUUACACUGAAUGACCAGCGGUGCCAGCUUGCCAUUAGCAAGAGGCUGCCACUGGUCAUUGUGCUACCCCACUGGUUCGAUGAUUGCCUCAAAGUCGGCCAUCGGAUAUCUGAACGGCCCUACACUCUCCCCGAUCCCGAGAUUCUCAACGUCGAACCAGGGGUGAUCCCUCCGACGCGAACGAGCCAGCAGAUCCGUGACGCGACGACUCCAGACCCAACAAAUGAUCCCCCUGCGCCACCGACACUACCUCCACACUCGGCACCUCCACGAGCGAUCAAAGCAUUUGCAGGCAAGAACGUUAAGCUAGGCCAGGAUCUCAACUUGAACAGCAAGCUCCAAGGGAUCAUCUCGGGGAUGAUCAAAAACGGUGGUGGUAAUGUAACGACAAACCUCGAAGAGGCGGACAUUUAUGUCUGCAACUUCCGGGAAGGAGCAGAUUACGUGAAAGCAUCGCAAGAUGCGAAAGACGUGGGCAAUCUUAGCUGGCUCUACUACCUCAUCACACAUGACGUCUGGACGAAUCCGAUGAGACGGAUGAUGCACUAUCCAAGGCCCCGAGAAGGCAUCCCAGGUUUCGAAAAAUACAAGAUCAGCAUCUCAAGUUACACUGGCGAAGCGCGUGUGUACCUGGAGAACCUCGUUCGAGCGGCUGGGGCCGAAUUCACAAAGACGUUCAAGCAGGACAACACACAUCUCAUCGCCGCCCACAAAAACAGCGAGAAGUGUGAAGCUGCACAAGAAUGGGGCGUCAACGUUGUGAACCACCUUUGGCUGGAAGAUAGUUACGCCAAGUGCAAGCAAAUGUCGCUCACAGACAACCGUUACACAUACUUCCCUCCCCGAACAAACCUUGGCGAGGUUCUGGGACAGACUGAGAUUGAUCGCGCUGCCAUGAAGAAGGUCUUCUUCUCCGAAUCUCGCAAACCUGCGAAAGCUGUCAAGCCAAAUAUUCAACCGAACGGUGUUUCUGCACCAGGUUUGCCUCUGGGUAGGACGACUAGCGAUCCGAUGACUCGUAGUUCACCGGUAGUGGAAAAAGCUAAACGCACAAAGACAACCAGUGAUGUAAAGACACCAUUGCCCACGCGCCACCAUGACGGGAAAGAGAACCAGACACCUGGCAGUCGAGGUGCCAAGGAUCGAGCACUGUCAAAACUCCACGAUGCUGCGGGCGAUAUAGCGAAGUUUGAAAAGGAGAUGAAGCGAAAGGGCGGCGUAGUUCAUGGUGGACGGAGGCGGACAGAUGAAGAGGUGGAAGAGAACGCGAAACAGUCCAAAGGGCGAGAUUCUUUUUCAAGCAAGCGCUCAAUCGAUGAAGUCGACCAGGACCAAGACGAAGAGACUGAAGAUGGAUCUCCAGAAGCACCCGCAAAGAACAAGAGAGCAAAGAAACUGAUGCCCAUCAAAUAUCGCAUGCUCAUCUCGAAAGACGAGCGGUGGUUCAACAAUGACGAAAAAGCCUCGAAAGACAAAGCACGCCUCCGCGAACUUGGACUCUUCAUCACCGACGACUUCAAACGUGUCGACCUGCUCUGUGCUCCAAAACCCGUCCGCACCAAGAAGUUUGUUGCUGCAAUGGCCUGCGCGCCUACCCUGGUCUCAACUACAUUCCUCGAUUAUGCACUCAAAAACAACAAGCUCCCACCGCCAGAGAAACAUUUGCUCGAAGCUAGAGACUUUGAGAAAGCGCAAGAUUUUGUUCUGAAAGAGGCAUUCGAGCGCGCAAAGCAGAACAAACACCGUCUCCUAAAAGACUGGACCAUUUUCUGCACCGAGAAGGUCGCCGGCGGAUUCGAUACAUACAAAGACAUCAUCGAAGCGAAUGGCGGCAAGUGUUGUAUGUGGAAAGGCCGCUCGACCAAUGUCACGGCAUCAAAACGCUCUAUCUCCACCGCGGAUGCGGAGGUUAGCCAGAACCAGACCGAAGACAACGGCGAUGAGUUGUUCCUCAUCUCCGAUCCCAACAAGAAAGAGUUCAGCAACUGGACAAAGUUCCGUGAGCUGGCGCAGAAACACGACAUGGUGCCGAGGAUUGUCAAAACGGACUGGUUGCUGUUUGUGGCUAUGGCUCAAUAUGUGCAUUAUAAGCCGGAAUGGGAGCUUAGUGAGGAUGUUGUUAAUGCUGCGAAGUAAUUAUCUGUCUUGGCACAUGUGUGGUUGAUAAUGCGUCAAGCGACAGGCGUUCAGGCCCCGGUAUGGGGUUUCGCACGGCGUAUUGACGGUAUUUUGGGCAAACGUGACAGGUGAUUCUGGCAAGAUUUUGGUGGAGAUGAUGGAGUGUGUCUGGCAUUGAUGUGUUUGCAGUCAAUGGCUAUGUUCUUGGAAUAACCAUCCAAAUGUUUAUCUAUCCGGGUUC